AUGAAGAGCUUCAAGAAUGUCCAUUUGUCUAUCCAAUUCAUUGGAAUGAUUUCCAUCCUCUUCAGUCUGUGUUCUAACAGCUUUGGAAGGUUCCUCUUUAGAGAAGAUAGAACCCUUAAUCAUGAGAACAUUGAUCCUCCAACAAUAAAAGAGAUGUGGUUCCAUUGGAAUCUUGGACAGACUCUCAAGACCAUGGCUGAAAGGUGGCCCAUCAUCAGUGAAACAGGCCCAGAUCGAGUCUUACGGGAAUCUAUUGUGGAAGCAUAUAUCAGUAGUUUUGAUGAUUUACGUGAAGCUCUUCAAGAGACACCACACUUUCCCAGUAUCAUGAGCAAAACACAGGAGGAUACAAAGCAGUUCUUUGAAGACAACCCUGAAUCCAAGGAGGCUUGGGUCAAAGUAAAGGAUCACUACAAUGCUGUGGUUACAGCCAUGAGAAGAAUCUCUGGAGGAGAGGAGUGGUUUAACAUAAUUAAAGACUCUGUAAAGCAGGGUGCAAGCAACCUCAGGCUCAACUUAUAG